AUGGCGAAAGGGUACGAUUCCGAGGAAAGACGGAUUGUUCUGGUUGGGAAGACCGGGGUGGGAAAGAGCGCCGCAGGAAACACCAUCCUGGGCAGGGAAGCGUUUGAGUCCGAGCUGUCUCCAUCUUCUCAGACGUCUCAAUGUCAGAAAGCCAAAGGGAAUAUCGGAGGACGGAAGGUGGCGGUUAUCGACACCCCAGGCCUGUUCGACACAAAUUUCACUGAAGAAGAAGUGCUGAAGAGGAUCAAGAUGUGCAUCUCUCUGUCUGCCCCGGGUCCUCACGCCUUCCUCGUGGUUCUGCAGCUGGGCAGGUUCACGCAAGAGGAGAAGGACACCAUCAAGAUGAUCCAGAUCACGUUCGGCGAAGAAGCCGCCAGAUACACCAUGGUGUUGUUCACACACGGAGACCAGCUGAGGAAGCAGACCAUCGAAGGCUACGUGGCAGAGAGUCCCGAUCUGAAAGCCUUCAUCAGAACAUGCUACAACCGGUACCACGUCUUCAACAACGAAGUCAAAGACCCCGAACAAAUCAACGAGCUCCUGGACAAAAUCGACAAGAUGACGACGGCCAACGGAGGAUCCUUCUACACCAAUGAAAUGUUCCUGAAAGCAGAGGAGGCCAUAGAGAAGGAGAAACAGCGCCUCCUGAAGGAGAUGGAGGAAAAGCGGCAGAGAGAGCUGGAAGCGCUGAGAGGGAGACUUGCAGGAGCGGCGUAUCGCAGGGAGGAGCGGCUGGUGUACAAGAGAUACGAGUAUCAGGCAAGAGCCCAGGCCGAGAGAAACAAUGAUUUUAUCGCCGCCCCGGCGAUCCUGCUGGCAACCACCUGUGGUGCUGCUGUCGGAGGGAUUAUCGGGAUUGCAGGAGGUCCCAUCGGUAUCGCCGUCGGCGUUGCAGCUGGAGCAGCAGUGGGAGCUGUAGUUGGAGCUUUAUCAGUCAGAGUCUCAGAGCGAUGCAACGUGCAAUGA